AUGUCGACCUUUUGGUCGACUCAUUUAAUGAAUUUCGCGACAUGGGAGAGUAUCUACGGUUUGUUUCCUUUCAGCACGAUUGUGCGAAAGCAUAUUUGUGUCUUGUCUUCUGACAAGAUUAUCGGACUCAAUGAGUAUGACGAAUUUGUUAAGCUUGGGUUCAAGCGAGAGUCUCUUAUUUCUCUUUGGCAGAAAGAGCGAAGUGUUGGCGAUGAGUGGACUCGUCGUUCUAUGUUUUCGGAUGUGCGGUUUGAGCCGCAGCCGGAGUUUAUCCGGGCUCGUUUUCGAAUCGGAAAUGAAGGAAUUCAAUUUCUUUCUACGGUUGAGUUGACCGAUGUCUAA